CGCGCGGCUCUCCCGCUCUGCUGACUUCAGUCCGGAGACCCGAGAGAGCAGAGACUGUGAGUGAACAGGUAACAGAGCCGAGCCCGAAUACUUCUCUCCAGAACCGAGCCUGAAACACAGUCCUGCUGUGUAAGCGCUGCUAAAGCCGCUGUCAGUACAGAACCGCGUCCUGAGGUCCGCUGAGAGUAUCAGAGAUCAUGUCCGCAGUGUGUGAGGAGUCCUCGGGCUGCCCCAUUCCCAGCCGAGCUGCUGCCGCCAAGAGCUGGUCUCCCCUCCCCGACUCCUACAGCCAGACCCCCGGGGGGACCCUCUUCUCCACCACGCCCGGAGGAACCAGAAUAAUCUAUGACAGGAAGUUUCUCCUGGAAUGCCGGAACUCCCCGAUCGCACGGACUCCGCCAUGCUGUCUCCCCCACAUUCCAGGGGUCACCAUGCCCUCUGUACCUACCCUGGGUAAACUGCCAGAGCAGGAGGAGGACUGCAAGGACCUCAGUGCAGAAGACAGCCAGUUUGUGAUGGACAUCUGAAUCAGUGAUGCACCUCCUAUGGAGAUCUCAUCUGUUGCAACCUUUUCUAUCCUUUUCUGUCAGUGCUCCUGAUUAGAGGAACCAGGGGUUCCUUUAUUUGCAGUGCCUCCAUACCUUUUUUUCUUCAUAUUGAAUAGUAAAAUGCUCAGACAGGGUUAACUCUGAGGUGAGGUGAUGCAUUUAUAGUUUGGGAAAGAAAUUUGGGAUGAAAUAAGUGACUAACCUCUGUUAUUAUGAGGAGACACUGUGAGGCUUCUGUGACCCGUGUACUACUUCACGUACAACAAAAAGGUGAACAAAUGUAUGUAAUUGCAUGCAUAUUUCUAAUGUGGAUUUUUUUUGUACUGGUUCUUCAGUAGGAUGAAGAUGGCCUGAUGGUCACUGAAGUCAUUAUCUUGUGCUGAAAAUGUUUCAUAAUGACUACGGUACAGGAUGACACAAUUUUCAAUAAAAAAAGAAAGAAAAAAA